CGUCGCCCAGCGGUCUAGUACGAACGUAUACCGAACGCUUUGUAUAUCCUGUAAAAAUAUAUCCUGCAGAAGGCGAAGGAAAUCCCUGAAACGAUAUCCACACAGCCGAAUGUAGCAGCGCAGAAAUUACAAGCCAAGUGCGCUUGAGUUCGUGUAUUUCCGGUUGAACAAACACAUAAGCGAAACAUAAAAGAAAGGCGAAAAAAAAAUAUAUAUAUACAUAUACCUAUAUCCACUAUAUAUACCCACGACAACAAAAACAAAAAAUAACAUAAAGGAACCCCCAGUCAGGAGCAGGACGAAAAGUGAAAAUACAUAGAGGCGAGCAUAUUUCAUAAGUUUGCACUCCGCACAUAACACACAUAGAAGACAGAGCCCCGAGCCAGAACCAAAACGAGAACCAGAGCCAGAGCCAGAGCCAGAGCCAGAACCAGAGAAAGCUGGCGACAAAGGCGAACGCACGACCUUUGGCACCGAGUUCAGCCCCAGCUCCAGCGGAGGGGUCAGCAAAUCAAUAGAACGGCAGAGACAAAGCGGCAGUAGAAAGUACAGCGGGACACGGGCAGCGUGCAACGGGCAACGGGCAACGUGCAACGUUAGAAAGCGACCAAAAUUCACUCGCGAAUAAUGCUGACCAUGUCGACCCUGAUGAUGCCUGCACCGACCAUAGCCAUGGGCGCCCCGCAGAUCACAAUGGGUCCGCACAAGCCGCCGGAAACGAAGCUGCUGGCCAUCCAUCCCGCAGCAGCUGCUGCGGCAGCCGCCCAGCAGCAGCAGCACUCGCAGCAGCAGCAGCAGCAGUCGGUGACAGCUGCCCAUUUGCAGCACAAUGGCCAGCAGCAGCACUCGCAGCAGCAGCAGCAACAGCAGCAGCAGCAUGUGUCGCAGCAGCAGCAGCAGCUAGUUGGCAGCAACUCCAAGCCAGAACAGUUUCACAUUUUUGUGGGCGACCUGAGUGCUGAAAUCGAGACGCAACAGUUGAAAGAUGCAUUCACCCCAUUUGGAGAAAUAUCAGACUGCAGAGUUGUGCGUGAUCCGCAGACGUUGAAAUCAAAGGGCUAUGGCUUUGUCAGCUUUGUCAAGAAAUCGGAGGCUGAAACCGCCAUUACCGCCAUGAAUGGCCAAUGGCUGGGCUCGCGCUCGAUACGCACAAAUUGGGCCACCCGAAAGCCGCCGGCAACCAAGGCAGACAUGAAUGCCAAGCCGCUGACCUUUGACGAAGUCUACAACCAGAGCAGCCCCACCAAUUGCACUGUCUACUGUGGCGGCAUCAACGGAGCCCUGUCCGGCUUCCUCAACGAGGAAAUACUGCAGAAGACCUUCUCGCCCUAUGGCACAAUACAGGAGAUACGGGUCUUCAAGGACAAAGGAUAUGCAUUUGUGCGUUUCUCUACCAAGGAGGCGGCCACCCACGCCAUCGUGGCCGUGAACAAUACAGAGAUCAACCAACAACCGGUGAAGUGUGCGUGGGGCAAGGAGAGCGGCGACCCCAACCACAUGUCGGCUAUUGCCGGUCAGGCUCUGGCCCAGGGAUUCCCCUUUGGCUCAGCGGCGGCAGCGGCGGCCGCAGCGGCUGCCUACGGACAGCAGGUGGCCGGAUACUGGUACCCGCCGGCACCGACAUAUCCGGCGGCAGCUCCCGCCAGUGCCCUGCAGCCGGGUCAGUUCCUGCAGGGGAUGCAGGGCUUCACCUAUGGUCAAUUCGCCGGUUACCAGCAGGCCGGCUAUAUGGGAAUGGGCGUCCAGCUGCCUGGAACCUGGCAGAGUGUGCCGCCGCAACCGCAGCUGGCCAGUGCAGCGGCCGCCACCGCACCGCAGAUCACACAGAGCGUGGGCAGCGCCCUGCCCCCCGCGGCCGGAGUGGUGGCCUAUCCGAUGCAGCAGUUCCAGGUCAGUCCGCAGCUGGCGGAGGAUGAGUGGCUGGCGCCCAGUUUGCUCGUGUAG